AUGACACUUCAAAACGUCAAAAUCCUUCGUACCGCAAGAAAUGUCAAACCAAAAAGUCACAAUAAAAAAAUGACUGAACCUGAGGUAAAAUCCGAGUCUGAUGGCGUUGCCGUUUCCGCAGCUUGUGUGAGGAUCACAGCCCUGUCAGCGACGAAAACGAGCAGCGGAGGUCUCACGAAUGAAGAUUUAAAUGCGGAAUUGAGUGACAUUCCUGUCGCCAUUCGGUUGCAGGCGAUCAACAAAUUGCUCCAAGCCGGCACAAUUGAGCUGCUGCAAAAGGGAAAAAGUCUCAUUUAUCGCAUCAAAGAGUCGGGCAAAAGUACGGCGCCGGGCGAUAUUGACAAUGAGGAAAAGGUUAUUUAUCAGAUAAUUGAGGAGGGCGGCAAUAAGGGGAUUUGGAUUCGGGAUAUCAGGACAAAAAGUAACCUUAUUAUGACACAGUUGAAUAAGAUUUUGAAGAAUUUGGAGAAUAAGAAGUUGAUCAAGGCGGUUAAGAGUGUUAAUGCAAGCAAGAAAAAAGUCUACAUGUUGUACAAUCUCGAGCCCGAUCGUUCUGUAAGCGGAGGCGCAUGGUAUCAAGAUCAAGAUUUCGAAGCAGAAUUUGUCGACGUUCUGAACCAACAAUGCCUGCGUUUUCUCCAAAUGCGUCGCGAUCAAGCAAAUAAAAUGGAUGAGGGUCCUUUAGCAGCUCACGCAAUGUCUUGUUGUUCCGUCGCUCAAGUUCACAAAUUCAUCAGCGAACUUGGAAUCAGUAAAAUUGCCCUCGAUGCCGAAGAUUUAGAAACAAUUCUCAAAACUGUCUUUUACGAUGGGAAAGCAGAGAGGAUUUUACAGAGUGAUGGCACGUAUUUGUACAAAGCCGUGAAUCACGCAAUCGAACCAACGGGACUCGUUCAAAUGCCCUGCGGAAUUUGCCCAGUUGUGAAAAAUUGCUCGGAUUGCGGAUCGAUAACGGCAAAAACGUGUCUUUAUAUGAAUGAAUGGUUGGAAAUAUAAAAUUAAAUUUUUGUAUUACAAAAAAAUAAAAAAAAAAAAUAAAAUUAAAAAAU